AAUUUUUUGUUUAUUUAGUUAGAAUUUAAUUAGAAAUUGUUUUUUAUUGGACAUAUUUUCUCAAAAAUUCAUGCAUCGUAUAUAUGAAUAUGAAGAAGCGUGAAAGCAACAGCAAAAUGCGAAUUCGUGCAUUCCCUAUGACGAUGGAUGAAAAGUAUGUAGCAGAUAUAUGGAACCUCCUAGAAAAUGCUAUCCAAGAAAUCCAAAGAAAAAAUAAUAGUGGUUUAAGUUUUGAAGAGUUAUACAGGAAUGCAUAUACUAUGGUAUUACAUAAGCAUGGAGAACGUUUAUAUAAUGGUGUUCGCAAAGUUGUUACUGAUCAUCUUGUCGGAAAGGUGCGAAAAGAUGUAAUUACUAGCAUGACAAACAACUUUUUAGAAACCUUAAACAUUGCAUGGAAUGAUCAUCAGAUAGCUAUGGUAAUGAUUAGAGAUAUUCUCAUGUAUAUGGACAGAGCUUAUGUAGAACAAAGUAAAGUUGUUACUGUCUAUGACCUUGGACUUAUACUUUUCAAAGAACAGGUAGUGUGUCAUCCUCCAAUUCAAGAAAAUCUUCGUGAAACUUUACUUUCAUUGAUUGAACGUGAAAGAAAAGGGGAGGUAGUAAAUAGGUUGGCUAUUAAGAAUGCAUGUCAAAUGCUGAUGACCCUUGGAAUAAACGGAAGAUCAUUCUAUGAGGAUGAGUUUGAGAAACAUUUCUUACAAGUUUCAGCUGAAUUUUACAAAUUGGAAAGUGAAAGGUUCCUCGCUGAGAACAGUGCAUCUGUAUAUAUUUGGAAGGUAGAGGCAAGAAUUGCCGAGGAGAGAGAAAGAGCAAGGCACUGCUUAGACUCUAGCUCAGAACCAGCUAUUGUAAAGGUUGUUGAAGAAGAACUUAUUUCAAAACACAUGAAAACAAUUGUUGAGAUGGAGAACUCUGGUGUUGUGCAUAUGUUAAAAAACAGCAAAUAUGAAGACCUUGGCUGUAUGUGCAGGUUAUUUCAACGUGUUAACUAUGGUUUAAAAGCAAUGUGCGAAGCAAUGAGCAUUUAUUUACGAGAAGAAGGAAGAGCUAUUGUAUCAGAGGAAAAAGAAGCAGAAGGAAAGAAUGCAAUAAUAUUUAUUCAAAAAUUAUUGGAUCUCAAAGAAAGAUUUAAUAUGUUCUUAGAAAAGUCCUUUAACCAAGCAGUGCUCUUCAAACAAACUGUAUCUGGGGACUUUGAACACUUUUUGAAUUUGAAUUCCAAAUCACCUGAAUAUCUUUCACUGUUUAUUGAUGACAAGCUUAAAAAGGGAUCCAAGGGAUUAUCUGAGCAGGAUGUUGAAACAGUGCUGGAUAAAACAAUGGUGCUGUUCCGUUAUUUACAAGAGAAAGAUGUUUUUGAACGAUAUUAUAAGCAACACCUUGCAAAGAGACUCCUUCUUAACAAAAGCGUUUCAGAUGAUGCAGAAAAAAACAUGAUUUCAAAACUAAAGGCAGAAUGUGGAUAUCAGUUUACAUUAAAGUUAGAGGGAAUGUUUAAAGAUAUGUCUUUGUCAAAUAGUAUUAAUGAUGACUUCAAAACUCACGUAGACAACUCUAAAAUUGAUUUACAAAAUGUUGAUCUGACUGUACGAGUUUUAACAACUGGUUAUUGGCCCACACAAGCAAGUAGUACAUCAUGCAAUAUACCUGUUGCACCUCGCCAAGCAUUUGAAUGCUUCAAACGAUUUUAUCUUGCAUGCCACAGUGGUCGUCAACUCACUUUGCAGUCACAAAUGGGUACAGCAGAUCUUAAUGCUGUUUUUUAUAAUAAAAAGGAAAAUGGGCAAUUUGCUUCAAAAAAACAUAUCAUAUCCGUUUCAACAUAUCAAAUGUGUAUACUUAUGAUGUUUAAUAAAAAAGAAAAAAUAUCUGCAGAGGAAAUUGGUCAAGAAACGGAGAUUCCAGAAAAAGAUUUAAUGAGAGCUUUGCAAUCGUUAGCGUUAGGAAAAGUUGCACAAAGAGUUUUGAUCAAAGAACCCAAAGUGAAAGAAAUUGAACCUUCGCACAUAUUUUCAGUAAAUGAUCAGUUUACUUCCAAGCUGUUUAGGGUGAAAAUUCAAACAGUCUCUUCGAAAGGUGAAUCCGAACCAGAGCGCAAAGAAACUAGGCAAAAAGUUGACGAAGAUAGAAAACAUGAAAUUGAGGCAGCUGUUGUGCGCAUCAUGAAAGCCAGAAAAAAGUUGCCACAUAACGUUCUCGUAACGGAGACGAUAGAACAAUUGAAAUCGAGAUUUGCACCUAGUGCUAUAGUAAUAAAAAAGAGAAUCGAAAGUUUGAUUGAACGAGACUACCUAGCUAGAUCAAAUGACGAUAGGAAAGUCUACACUUACUUGGCAUGAGUUUACUAGCUUGUACAAUCGAUGCGUUUUGUUUGUUCAUAUAUUAUUUGUAUAUUUAUCUGACAAUCCAAGCGUUUCGUUGGCUAGUUCCCGUAUAAGUGUUGUUAGUGAUUAUUUACGAUUUUAGGUUAUCAAUAUUCAAGAUUACUUCGUUUCAUGAUACGCUUGCCAAGUAAAAUGAGUUCCAUAGAAAAAUUCUUUUGAUACUUGAGUUUAGUGAUGUACUUAUAUUCAUAGCAAACAGUUAAAAGAAGCUAACAAUCUUUUUAUAUUUAUAUUUUUUGCUUGUUUUUUUUUUUUUUUUUUUUUUUUUUGUUAUUGUUGUUCGAUUUGUGUGUGUGCGAUAUAAUUACAUCAAAUUUUAUUCUCUCGAUGAAAUAGUAGAAUGUAUAGUGUAUUCCCUUUAUAAAUAUAGAAUUAUUGACACUUCAUAUUUAGUUACAUAAAAAUAUGA